AUGGAGAAUCAAGUCAUUGAGAAGUCCGUCACAGCUAGAUGGAUGAUUAUACUGUCCCUGGCUUUGUUGGCAUUUGCCACAAAGAUCUUUUAUAAUAUUUAUUUACAUCCUUUGGCGAAUUAUCCAGGGCCUAGGAUAUAUGCAGCAUCAUCUUUUCCCGUGGCCUUUGCUCAGUUGAGUGGGAAAUACCAUCUAUUUACUCAAAAGGCGCAUGAAGACUACGGGACUGUCGUACGAAUCAGUCCAAACGAACUAUCCUUCAUCUCGGCAGCCGCAUGGAAUCAUAUCUAUGCCAGGCAUCAAGGGAACCCACCUCUUCCCAGAGACAAGACCUUCUUUAAUGAUAUGCUGGUGGAUAAGAAAACCUUAACUAUGGCCGACACCGAAAAUCACGCGCGACUUCGAAAAGCUAUGAAUCCUGCAUUCUCAUCCCGUGCGCUGGCAUCACAAGAGCCAAUAUUACAGCAAAACGUGGAGCUAUUCCUAGAAAAACUGCACGACCAUGCUACCCGUGGUCUGCAGCUAGAUCUGAGACUCUGGUACAAUUAUAUCACUUUCGAUAUGAUCGGAGAUCUUGCAUUCGGCGAAUCUUUCGGCUGCUUGGAUUCAUCCAAAUUCCACGCGUGGGUUCAGUUCGUGGUCGAUUAUUUUUAUGUGGCCACUUUACUUCAAGUUGUCCAUAGAUUUUGUCCUCUCAACAAGCUUCUUGCGGUUUUGAUACCUUCUUCGCUGAUGGAGCAGAAAGAGCAGCACGCUGGGCUGACCGCCGAAAAGGUCAAGCGACGUAUGAAGCGGAGGACAGAUCGAUUAGAUUUUGUCCAUCCAUUGAUUGAAGCAAGGGACAGCGGCGCAAUUUCUACCGAUGAAAUCGAGCAGCAGGCUAGCAUCUUGAUACUCGCAGGAGGGGAGACAACCUCGAUAGCUUUGACAUCAGCCACCUUUCUGCUAUUGCAGAAUCCCGACAAAAUGGAGAAUUUGACCAAGGAGCUCCAGACUCAUUUCCAGCACGAGUCCGAAAUCGAUGUCUCGUCCAUUAAAAAGCUGGUUUAUCUUCAAGCCGUGAUCCAAGAGACCCUUCGAAUGUUUCCCCCGAUCACAAACGGGUUUCCUCGGCAGACAAUUAUCGGUGGGGUCCAAAUCGAUGGUCAUGUUGUACCUGACCAGACUGUUGUGAAUAUCAGCCACUGGAGUGCCUAUCGCAGCGAGCGUAACUUUUCAAGGCCAACCGAGUUCCUUCCGGAACGUUGGCUUGGAGAAGAUCCGCAAUUUGCUACCGAUGUGAAGGAUGCAUUUCAGCCUUUCUCGGUUGGGCCUCAAAGCUGCAUAGGAAAAAAAUUUGCCUAUGACAGUAUGAAAAUUAUCCUUGCACGCACCUUGUGGAGGUUCGAUAUGAAACUGGAUUUGAUUAGCAAGGAGAAGUAUUCGCAACCUCAAGUUUCCUAUGUUUCAUUCCACCAGUCUCCACUCUUGGUGACUCUGGUAGACAGGGAAACCUAG